AUGUUUGGAAUACUGCUUUCGAAUCUAAAAAAUAAUACAGCAAUUAUUAAAGGAGUUAACGGACUAUUCAAUCCUAUUGCAACUAGUACGGAUGUAGCAAACAGAAUUUCGGAGGUCUGUAAGGGUAAUGUGGGACAAGUCUCAGAAGAAAUGUGUGCAAAUGCUCCAGAAGAACUGUUGAAACUUUGUAAGAAAGAUAAAAACCGUGAUUGUGACACAUUGAUUCGUGAAGGCGUGGAAAUAUUUUGCAAGGAGAAUAGUGAAUCACCGGCCUGUGAUUGGUUGCCAACUACCAGUACAACCAGUGGUUCAGAUAGCCUCCCAUUCAUAAUCGGAGGUAUUGUCGCUCUGGUCAUUAUUCUUGCCGUUGGAGCUGGUCUCUUCUUCUACUGUCGGAAUAAAAAGAAAAAGUCAGCUGGCAAUGGACAAACUAUGACUGGGACAACUGUUGGAAGUACUUCUGCAACUGGAACAACCAAAACUGGAACAACUGCCACGGAAACGGGAUCCAGAUAUUAA